AUGAACCCCUCCAAUCAACCCAGUAUUCUAGACUUUAAUGUGACUGCACUUGGGAGUAACCUUACAGUGCCCUCUGUGAAGACGAAUCCAUCAACAUGUGAGCAAGUGGUCAUAGCCGCUGAGGUCUUUCUCAUGCUUGGCAUUGUAAGCCUUCUUGAAAACAUUUUAGUCAUCUGUGCCAUAAUUAAGAACAAGAACUUGCACUCUCCUAUGUAUUUCUUUGUAUGCAGCUUAGCUGUCGCUGACAUGUUAGUCAGUGUGUCAAAUGCCUGGGAGACCAUAACCAUAUAUUUGUUAAACAACAGGCAUCUCAUUAUUGAAGAUGUUUUUGUCCGUCACAUAGACAAUGUUUUUGACUCAAUGAUCUGCAUAUCUGUGGUGGCUUCCAUGUGCAGUUUGCUAGCUAUAGCAGUAGACAGGUAUAUCACUAUAUUUUAUGCCCUGCGAUACCAUAAUAUCAUGACUGUGAAAAGAUCAGGGCUCAUCAUUGCAUGCAUAUGGACUUUUUGCACUGGCUGUGGAAUCCUCUUCAUCCUCUAUUAUGAGUCUAAGUAUGUUAUCAUGUGCCUGAUCAUCAUGUUCUUCACUAUGUUGUUUCUCAUGGUGUCACUGUACAUACAUAUGUUCCUUCUGGCUCGUACCCAUGUUAAGAAGAUAGCGGCAUUGCCAGGAUAUAAUUCUGUUCAUCAGAGGACCAGCAUGAAAGGUGCAAUUACUCUAACUAUGUUACUGGGCAUUUUUAUUGUUUGCUGGGCGCCAUUUUUCCUCCAUCUUAUCUUGAUGAUCUCCUGUCCUCAGAAUCUCUACUGUAUUUGCUUCAUGUCCCACUUCAACAUGUACCUCAUCCUCAUCAUGUGCAAUUCAGUUAUUGAUCCCUUGAUUUAUGCCUUUCGAAGCCAGGAAAUGCGGAAGACUUUUAAGGAGAUAAUUUGCUGCUAUAGCAUAAACAUGGUGUGUGGACUGCCCAGCAAGUAUUAG